AUGGGACGAAGAGAUACCUACUCUGAACCCCCUCGAAGCCACCGACGAUCCCGUCAAGAACGAGUCGAAGCUCGUAAAGAACACAAACAAUUCCAGAGCCAGAGUGGCUUCGACUGGACACCAGGCAUUGUCCUCGGCCUUUUGGGAGCUUUCGCUUUCCUCAACCACGACUUCGAUAAGUACAAGAAGAAGCAUGAGUGGCUAGACGGCGACUCCAAUGAUAGCAAGAGCAGGGAUGGCAGGGACAGCAAGGACAGUAGGGAAAGUAGGGAUAGUGGAAGAGGACGCAGUCGUUAUCGAUCAAGCAGUCGGUAUCCGGAUUAUUAUGACGAUGAUGAGUACUAUCGACGGGAUAGAGGGUACAGUCGAUGA